AUGGCUGGCAUUAACCCCGGUGACGAGAAACUUGUCUUUGAGUCCUCUGAGGCGGUACCGGUUGUUUCGACCUUCGAUGACCUUGGAUUGAAGGAGGACCUCCUGCGGGGCAUCUACGCGUACAACUUCGAAAAGCCGUCCGCUAUCCAGCAGCGUGCAAUUCUCCCGAUCACUCAAGGACGCGAUGUCAUUGCGCAGGCACAGUCCGGUACCGGAAAAACCGCCACAUUCUCCAUCUCCAUCCUCCAGUCAAUCGACGUGACCGUUCGCGAGACGCAAGCACUCGUCCUCUCCCCCACCCGCGAAUUGGCCACGCAAAUCCAGUCGGUCGUUCUCGCGCUCGGCGACUAUAUGAAUGUUCAGUGCCACGCAUGCAUCGGCGGGACGUCCAUUGGCGAGGACAUCCGCAAGCUGGAGUACGGGCAGCACGUCGUCUCGGGCACCCCCGGCCGUGUCUUCGACAUGAUCCGGCGCCGUAGCCUCCGGACACGCAACAUCAAGAUGCUCGUGCUCGAUGAGGCCGACGAAUUGCUCAACAAGGGCUUCAAGGACCAAAUCUAUGACGUUUACCGGUAUCUCCCUCCGGCGACCCAGGUCGUCCUGCUGAGCGCGACGCUCCCCUACGACGUUUUGGAGAUGACCACAAAAUUCAUGACCGACCCCAUUCGGAUCCUCGUCAGGCGUGACGAGUUGACGCUGGAGGGCAUCAAGCAGUUCUUCGUGGCGGUAGAGAAGGAGGACUGGAAGUUCGACACCCUUUGCGACCUGUACGACACCCUCACGAUUACUCAAGCCGUCAUCUUCUGCAACACAAGGAGAAAGGUCGACUGGCUGACGGAGAAGAUGCGGGCGGCAAACUUCACGGUGUCAUCCAUGCACGGAGAGAUGGCCCAGAAGGAGCGCGACGCUAUCAUGGCAGAGUUCCGCAGCGGAACUUCCCGUGUUCUCAUCACCACUGACGUUUGGGCGCGUGGUAUUGAUGUGCAACAAGUGUCCCUUGUCAUCAACUACGACCUCCCCGCAAACCGUGAAAACUACAUCCACCGUAUCGGUCGGUCAGGUCGGUUCGGACGCAAGGGUGUUGCUAUCAACUUCGUGACUGUGGACGACGUCCGUAUUCUCCGCGACAUUGAGCAGUACUAUGGUACACAAAUCGACGAGAUGCCCGUCAAUGCUGCAGAACUCAUCUAGGUUAUCGCUUGCUAUGUAUAUUUUAUACCUGUACAGUAUUCACGUCGGGAAGUCCUCCUUCUAUUCUCUUUCCGCUGAGUGCAAUGAUAUCACGAGCUUUGGACU